CAUGACGGCGCGGAGAAGGUCUACUCGGAUGUGUCGUCUUCGUCAUAUAAGCACUUGAUGGGGUCGAAGAUUGGGUCUGUUGGUCCGAGGGGGGCUGUGAAGGCGACUGUGAGACCUCAUGGUGUGGCUAUGUAUAAGCUUCGGGAGCAGAAGCGUGAUGAGUUGUAAAAGUGUUGAGUAUCUGUGUCGUGUACUGCACCGGAGAGUGUAAUUUUGAGAAAAGAAGACCUGCGUCACCCUGUUUCAUAAGACCACCACACUCAGAUUACUGACAAUCUACGCAUCAUCACAACAUCAGAUUCUCAGCACUACAAAUACCCCUCUGCAAUGAUUUUAAAACUGAAUAUAAUCUUCAACCUCCCCCACCAUGGCAAAAGAUGCACUACCCGCAGACAAUGUCCCCAUCGAAGAACUCGACUCAAACGGGGACGUCAUCCUCGUGGUGACAGGCGAAUCGCCUCAAAGCACAAGAAAACUCCUCGUGUCAUCCAAAGCCCUCGCACUCGCAUCCCCGGUAUUUGCAGCACUUUUCUCGCGCAAGUUCUCCGAAGGAAUCAAGAUAAUCAAAAGCAUCCGCCCUGAGAUCACGCUCAACGAUGACUAUUCAGAUGCGAUGCGGAUAAUGUUGGGGGUAUUCCAUUUCAGGGAACUUGAGAAGGUGGAUGCGCAGAUGCUGGCCGAGAUUGCCGUUCUUUAUGACAAGUAUGAUUGUGCUAAAGCACUCAUGCCUUAGAUAAAAAUAUGGUGUGAGAGAAUCAUUGCGUCAAUCAAAACUGCGAACGCCCAUGCAUACAACCUUUUGCUUGUUGCAGCGCACUUCUUUCCAGAUCAAGAGCUGUUUUCACAGGUGUCACUGAAGAUCCUCAGGGAUUGCACUACGCAUGAAUUAAACAUGAU